ACCUCUCUCCUCAAAAGGGACGCCACAUCCCACUGGAGGUGUGUGUGUUAUAGUGGGAGGGGAGUCUGUUAUUGCCUGAACUGUCUGUGGACUCUGGUCCCAGACUGUUGGAAGGGAAGGACAAACUUUAACACACAAAAAGCCAUGGACUCAACCUUGAUGAUCCCGGUGGUGUUGGCAGUUUUUGCAGUCGUAGUGACGUUGUUGUAUUUCCUUCUUGGAGAUUCUGCAGGAGAAAAGAGGAAAGGCCCCGUGACUCUAAAGGAUUCCACCAUCAAAUAUCCACUACCACUCAUUAGCAAACAGGAAAUCAGUCAUGACACCAAGAAAUUCCGGUUUGGCCUUCCAUCGGAGUCUCAUAUCCUUGGACUGCCAGUUGGUCAGCAUGUUUACCUGUCGGCUAAGGUGAAUGGCUGUCUAGUGGUCAGACCUUACACUCCAGUCUCCAGUGACGAGGACCAGGGAUUUGUUGACCUAGUGGUCAAAGUAUACUACAAAGGCACCCACCCAAACUACCCAGACGGGGGGCAGAUGUCUCAGUAUCUGGAUAAAAUGGCCAUCGGAGACACUAUUGACUUCAGAGGACCCAAUGGGCUGCUCAUCUACAAGGGCAAAGGAGUGUUUUCCAUCCGAGCCAACAAGAAGACGGAGCCAAAGAUUCAAAAGUACAGACAUGUUGGAAUGAUUGCAGGUGGAACAGGUAUCACCCCGAUGCUGCAGUUAAUCCGAAGGAUCACAUCAGACCCUGCUGACAACACCAAGUGCUCCCUCAUAUUUGCCAACCAGACUGAGAAGGACAUUUUACUGUGGGAUGAGCUGAAGGAGGUGGAGAAGAACCAUCCGGAGAAAGUUAAAAUCUGGUACUCUUUGGACAGGCCUCCAAAAGACUGGACGUACAGUUCAGGGUUUGUGAACCUCGACAUGAUUAAGGAGCACAUUCCUGCUGCGUCCGGAGAUGUCCUCAUCGUCCUCUGCGGACCUGCACCUAUGAUCCGUAACGCCUGCCUUCCAAACCUGGAAAAACUGGGACACAAACAAGAAAACAUCUUUGCAUACUAGUCAUGUUCCUCAAAUCUGUCAAGUUUGUUUUUUUAUUUUUAAAGGUAAAAAAAAAAA